AUGGUAGGAGCGAAAGCCAGGAUAGCAAGUCACCUAGACGCAACCUCAGAUCAUCGGCCACUUAUCGCUACAGUACCGUCGGACCAAGAUUCACGGAAACAGCCCAAAAACUGUGAUUUGAUACAUUGGACCACGCCUGCUGCCUCUCACUCCUCGCCUCUAAUCUCGCCGAGUGCAUAUAGGGGUUCUGCUAAGAAGACUCUAUCGCAAGGAAUAGGACAGCCAUGGUGGAACAAUGAAUGCCUUUGCUCAAAGACACCGCCGGAUCACCAGGCGGUUACAACAACAAUUCUGGCCAGAUAA